AUGUUCUUCCAUUUUUUCUUCACUUCCCGCACUGUCCUUUUCACAUUCGGGUUCCUCAUAUGCAACCCCAUCGUAAUCUCCGUCCAAAUUUCGUUUUUCCUCCGGUUUGUUUCUGUACUGCAGAACUUUGCUGUUAAAAUGUCUUUGUGUUUCUCAAACUGCUCCACGAGAAAAAGUGUUUCGGUGCCCGUGAAGAAAGGCUUUCUUUUGCGGCUUUCCAGCAGAUUGCAAGGAAAUGAGCUGGAGAAAUGCUUUGUAGCGCUACUUUGCAUUGUGGGACUUUUUGCAUCCGGGCUCUUUCUUUCCCGAAAACGCUCCGCCAUGGGUCGUAUGCACUGUCCUGGAAAGGGUAUUUCCCAAUCUGCAUUGCCGUACAGGCGUUCAGUGCCAACCUGGCUGAAACUUACAUCUGAAGAUGUAAAGGAACAGAUCUAUAAACUUGCUAAAAAGGGCCUGACUCCAUCUAAAAUUGGUGUCAUUUUGAGGGAUUCCCAUGGAGUUGCUCAAGUGAGAUUUGUGACUGGAAACAAAAUUUUGCGGAUUCUUAAAGCCAAGGGUCUUGCUCCUAAAAUCCCUGAAGAUCUUUACCACUUGAUCAAAAAGGCUGUUUCUGUGAGAAAACACAUGGAAAGAAACAGAAAGGACAAAGAUUCAAAGUUCCGUCUCAUUCUGGUAGAAAGCAGAAUCCAUCGUUUGGCUCGAUAUUACAAAACCAAGCGGGUUCUUCCUCCCAACUGGAAAUAUGAAUCCUCUACAGCAUCUGCUCUGGUGGCAUAA